AUGGGCAGCCCUCACAAAAGCUGGCAGCACUGCUUGAUAUCGAUAGACGACGUUCGACUUCAUUACCGACCGCUCUGAAAUUCCACGAUUCUUUAUUUAUUGUUUUUGUUGGAAUUGCGCAUACAGAAGGAAUAUAACAAACGAAAGCGGUAAAAAAGAACGACAGCAUACAAGAAGUGGCAUAAAGGAAUAAUUAGAAAAGAACAUCAGGCAAACUUCUUAGAGGGAAAGCAACCACAACACAUCCAGAUCCACAUCCAUGGCAGCCGGCACCACAUUGCAGAAGGCCAUCGAUUUGGUGACCAAAGCCACCGAGGAGGAUCGCAAUAAGAACUAUGCGGAGGCGUUGCGUCUCUACGAGCACGGAGUCGAGUAUUUCCUCCAUACCAUCAAAUAUGAGGCGCAGGGCGAGAAGGCAAAGGAUUCUAUUCGAGCGAAAUGUUUACAAUACUUGGAUAGAGCCGAGAAGCUCAAGGAAUAUCUAAAGAAGGGCAAGAAGAAACCCAUUAAGGAGGGCGGCGAGAACAGCUCCAAGGACGACAAGGACAAAAAGAGCGACAGCGAUGACGAUGACGGCGACGAUCCAGAGAAAAAGAAACUGCAAAGCAAACUGGAGGGUGCCAUUGUCAUUGAGAAGCCGCAUGUCCAGUGGUCCGAUGUUGCUGGUCUCGAUGCCGCCAAGGAGGCGCUCAAGGAAGCCGUCAUCUUGCCCAUCAAGUUUCCACAGCUGUUUACCGGCAAACGCAUACCCUGGAAGGGAAUAUUGCUGUUUGGCCCGCCCGGUACGGGCAAAUCGUAUCUGGCCAAAGCUGUCGCCACCGAGGCGAAUCGAUCCACAUUCUUUUCAGUGUCUAGCUCCGAUCUGAUGUCCAAAUGGCUGGGCGAGUCCGAGAAGCUGGUGAAGAAUCUCUUCGAGCUGGCACGCCAGCACAAGCCAUCGAUUAUAUUCAUUGACGAAAUCGAUUCCAUGUGCUCCGCCCGUUCGGACAAUGAGAACGACAGUGUGCGUCGCAUCAAGACCGAGUUUCUGGUGCAGAUGCAGGGCGUGGGCAACGACACCGAUGGCAUACUCGUCCUGGGUGCCACCAAUAUACCCUGGGUCCUCGACUCCGCCAUUCGCCGGCGUUUCGAGAAGCGCAUCUACAUUCCGCUGCCGGAAGCGAAUGCGCGCCUUGUCAUGUUCAAAAUCCAUUUGGGCAACACCACGCACGUGCUGACCGAGCAGGAUCUCAAGGAGUUGGCCGGAAAGACCGAUGGUUACUCUGGCGCCGAUAUAUCGAUUGUGGUGCGCGAUGCGUUAAUGGAACCUGUUCGCAAGGUGCAAACUGCCACGCACUUCAAGCGCGUCUCUGGACCAUGUCCAAACAAUAAGGAUGAGACUGUCGAUGAUCUGCUGGUGCCUUGCUCGCCGGGCGAUUCCGGUGCCGUCGAGAUGAACUGGAUGGAUGUGCCCAGCGAUAAGCUAUUCGAACCGCCUGUAACUAUGCGCGACAUGUUGAAAUCCUUGUCACGCACGAAACCGACUGUCAACGACGACGAUUUAAUAAAGCUGCGCAAAUUCACAGAGGACUUUGGUCAGGAGGGUUAGGAGCCAGGUCAAUGCCAACCACCAUCGUCACCAACAUCGUCACCGCCACCGCCAACAAUCCAACAACCCAACAAACAAACAACCAAACAAGCAGCACCAUCAGCUAAUUCUAAUUGUUGCCUAUUGCAUUAAUCGAAACAACAACUAUAUUGGAUUUACAAUCCGAUCUUGAUAUAGUUUACAAAUUAAUUGUAUCUCUUGUAUUUUUGUUCGGGUCUUUUUCGAUAUAUGAGAAUGUAUGAUGAUAGUAUAUAUUAUUGCUUAAAUUGUAAUUCAUGUUUUGUCGAAUGCUGCUCCAGUUGCACCACAGAUACGCACCCCUCACCGCCCCCCGCCCCUCUCCAUCACACAGAGAUGUUGCUGCAGCUGCUGUUGCAAUGGCAAAAAUGAGAAAUUGUUAAAGAAGUUGAUGUAUUUUUUUAUACUCGUAAUGUUAAGUCGUAAAUCCGAAAUGAAGCUGAAUGUUAUACACUUCAAAUGUGUCCAUGCGAGUGUGUGUGCGUGUGUGCGUGCGAGUGUGUGUGUGUAUCUGUGUGUAAUAUGCAAGUGGGCGCCACAUUCGACUGCCUUCACUCCUGGAACACCUGCCUGCGCAUUCGCCGGACAGUCAGCCAGACAGACCAACAGACAGAGAGACGAACGGACGGACGGACAGUUGAGACAGGUAAAAUAGCCAGUUGGCCAAGUAGCCAGUUAGCCAACCAGCAAACCAAUCUAAUUUUAAUUGUAAACUAUCGAAAAAUACAAAAUAAACGAUAUUAAAUUUAAAA